UUAAGCAAGCCUUUUGUGACCAGUAAUUAUAACGAAAAAUCAUUCAGUGUAGACAGUGGAGAAAAACAUAGGGUCACGAAUUAGCCUAUGAACCGACACAUUGCCUUCGACCUGCGAAGGCCGUACGCUAGACUAUGAGACAGUACAGAGUUCAGCUGUGAGUUAUGGAGGGAGAGAGGUCAGAAACCUCAGUGGAAGUGGAUCCCAUUCCCACCCAGGGCACACAACUUGCUGGGGGGGAUUUCGUAACCGACAGCGUCCAUGUGACUUUGAGUCUGACGGAGGAAGGGAUUUCAUGGAGAAACUUGGUGGAUACAAGCGAGGUUACCCUCCCUUGGACUGACGUCAUCACCUGUCAUCGGGGACAGGUGUCACCCAAAACACCAACAGAGAUCACCGGCGACCUUGACAACAACAAAGGCUUCACCUUGCAUUAUAUCGACAAACAAGCAAACCGUGUCUGGAGACACAAACACAAGACGUUCCUCAGCAGCGAGAGUAAUUUUGAAGACAUUUUAAGUACUGUACAGGAGAAAUCCAAGAAAGAUCGACCCUCCCGCCUGCUGGUGUUGAUAAAUCCCGUCGGUGGAAGAGGCAAGGGAGAAGCUCAUUACAGAAGAGUUGUCGCCCCUUUGUUCCGAUUGGCCAAGAUCGACACAGAAGUCAUAGUGUCUCAAAGCCCAUCACACCCAGAAGAGUUGGGGAACACGUUCGACUUCUCAAAGGUCACAGGAGUGGUGGUCGCUGGUGGAGAUGGCACUCUCCAGAAACUACUACACACUCUGUUGCCAAGGAUACAGAAGGAAGCUGGGAUACAACUUGGAACCACUGAUGCCGACUUGAAGGCAUUACCAUUUCCAGUAGGAAUAAUACCCACAGGAACAGGAAAUGGUAUUGCGAAAGGACUUUGCGGAAAUGACGACAUAGAAACUGCAGCUCUCAACAUCAUUACAGGAUGUAGGACCUUCAAGAACAUUGCCAGCAUCAGUCAAGGUGGCAAACAUCUGGGGUUUUCGGGUGUGAUAUUUGGACACGGUUUUUGGAGUGACCUCAUGGACGCUUACUUCGAAGAGAGACGGUUGGGUUGGUUCCGGUUCCCCUUUGGAAUGCUUAUAGCAUUUCUGAGGACUCGACGCGAGUUCAAUGUUCGAAUCGACUACUUGCCUUAUGACCCACCCACAGACGGAGGUGAUGUUGACAACAGCAACGCAGAAACAGAACCAGUUUGGAAGACGAUAGAGGGGUGUUAUACCGGAAUAAUGUGCUUCCCUGCUUUAGUGCGCCAACAGAAGAAUACGCCGAAGUGCGUUUUUGACGUCAAUGCGGAGGCGAUGACGUUGUUGAUGGACAAGCAGUGUGGGAGGUUGACGUUCUUCUCCUGGCUGUACAAGAUGACUCAGCUGCAUAGAGACGCCUACAGCUACGAUUUCGUAACGACAGUACAGGUGACGUCGUUACGACUACGGACAAUUCCGAAAGAAGGAGCAACUGAGCGAGAAAGGCGUCUGGAGAGGACCAUGAACCUUGAUGGCGAACUACUUGAAGUAGAAUCAGGCGAUCUGGACAUCAAUAUCAGACUUCACCGUAACCUGCUGGAGAUGUUUGGAGCCGGAACUAUUGCAGAAGAGUGAGGGAACAUUUUCCAUUAUCUCCCACGCACCAGUCAAUGAGAAAACCGUCAAUGAGGAUUUGAAAUCAAACUCUUAUUAUUAGUCUCUGUGUCAUCUGUCAAGUUGUAUAUAUUGUUCAUUUGUUUCAAAUCGUGUAAUACAGCCAUAAAAUUCUAGAU